AUGUUCGGCGUAACAUGUAUGACUACGAUCAAAGGCGAGUUAUCGGAAUCGAAAUGGCGUUGGCAAGGACGGUUUUGGUGUCCAUCGUUAUCUAUGAUGCAAGGGUAUUCGCACAAUCAAAAAGGUCGAAAUGAAGCCAUCGAAUAUGCAAUUGAAGAUUACAAACGACAAGGUGAACAGAAUGGUUUCUUGACUGAAAAGCAAUUGAACGAUUCUUCCAAAGUUAAAUCUAAAUCAAUUGCUUCACUUGUUAAUCUUAAAUCAAAGGAUAGUAUAUCUGAUGAACAAGAACCAUAUAUAAUAUUAGCACAUCAAUUACUUCCAAUGUGUCUUCGACCAUUAGAAGAAAGUGUUUUGAUUACAGACUUUUAUUUUAACAACGCAAUUGAUCCUAGUUUUAAUUUUUUCGAAUUAAAAGAGAAAAACAUCAGUAGUCAACUAUUACUCUCUUGGUCAUCUUCUAUUAACUUGGCUGAAAACUAUGAAAUCUUUCUGAAUAAUAUUUUAAAUUGGUCAUUAUUGCUAUCAAAUAAUGAAACAUUAUUCUAUAAUUGUACAUCAUCAUGGUUUGGUCCGUUCUGUCGUUUCGCAUUCGAUAUUGAUGAAUCGUACAAUGAAAUUGAUGUUUCUAACAAUGACCAUGUGACGUGUUACAUACAUCUAAAUUGUGUGACAUCAUCUGUAUGUUUGGAUUGGCGUGAGAUUUGUGAUAGAAAAAAUGAUUGUCUCGAUGGGUCUGAUGAAUUCAAUUGUUGGCAACUUGAAAUAAAUGAAUGUGCUGAAAAUGAAUAUCGAUGUCAUAAUGGUCAAUGUAUUCCAGUAGAAUUCUUUCAUGAUGUUAUAAUCAAUCUAGACUGUUUGGAUCGAACAGAUGAACCUGUAUAUAACUAUUAUAAUAAAUAUUGCCCAGAUGAUUAUGGUUUUCGAUGCGAAGAACAUUCUUGUCGACCAGGACAUAGAGAAUUUCCAUGUGGAGAUGGGCAAUGUACAAAUGAGAUAAAUGUACAAUCAUGGCUCAAAUGUGAAAAUGGUCGUGGCGAUUUAGUCUUUGACGAUCUUUGUUCACGUAUAAUGGCCUGUCUUAUGAAACUCUACGAUCUAAUUGAUUAUAAAUGGUGCGAAGAAUUUUGUGCAGAAACUAAUUGUCCAAGAAAUAAUUGUCCAUCGCUAUACGAGUUUCCUACUGGUUCCAUUUUAUUUGGACAUGUACGUUUUAUGUUUACGAAUCGAAAAAUGGAAAUCAAUUCUCAUUACAUUCCUUUACCUGAUUGCGUAUGUUACGAUGAAAAACUUUGUGCAGACUUUCUUCCAGCUACACAACAUCUGAACAAUUUGACUUGCCGCCAUUUAUCUGAAAUAGGUUUGAAUGAAUAUUGGUAUAAUCAAUUGGAAAACUUUAUAGUAAAUAUCAAAGAUCGAUUUCGUGGAUGUUUAGUAAUAUACAAUGAAACACAUUAUUGUAAUUAUUCAACGAUGUAUAAAUGUAAGAAUUCAAACAAAUGUAUAUCAAAAUAUCGUCUUGUUGACGGUAUUCGUGACUGUCCGUUUGAUGAUGAUGAAACAUUCAAUCAGAGUUGCUCACUAAAUGAUGUCCAUCAACGUUUUACAUGUUCAUCAGAUAAUAUCAAAAAAUGUUUCGCACCAUUAAUUAUCCAAGAUAAUAAAAAUGAUUGCAAAUACGGAGAAGAUGAAGAUAAUAAGGAUACAACAUUAACAAAAAAUCAUAUUUAUUUUCAAAAUAUAUGUGAUGGAUUUGAAGAUCUAUUACCUAUAUUAAUUGAUGGACGAAAUGAAACGGAUGAGACAGAAUGUGAACAUUGGUUAUGUAACAACACUUACACUAGAUGUGAUCGAUUUUGGUCCUGUAAGGAUGGAGCUGACGAGAUUAAUUGUCCACCUUCAACUUGUCCUGAGUUUCAACAUAGUUGUGUCUUUCCAAACAAUACAUAUAAAGUAUCAUGUUUACCACUUGAUCAAGCUGGUGAUGGUAUCGUUGACUGUCUUGGUGCGUUCGAUGAACGAAAUCGCUGUCGAUCCGCUGAUUCAUCUAGUUUUCAAUACAAUUUUUUAUGUCGGAAUGAUACAACUUGUAUUGAACCUCACUAUCUUUGUAAUAACGAAGCAGAGUGUCAAUCUGGUGACGAUGAAAUAUUCUGUACAAACUAUGGAUCUCAUUUAAAUGCAAUCUGUUUCGCUUUAGAGUCAUCUUCUCGAACAGAGGUCGAAAAUUAUUUUUGUAAUCUUAUGAAAAGAUUCCUGCGAUCAACUAGGACCUAUUUUACACUGCGCAAUAUGCCAACCUAUGUAUUACAGUUAGCAACUGAGACCACUACCUCAUUUUCACCAUCACCAUCACCUCAGACAAAAAUUCAAUCGAUUCAAAACAAUCGAAUGCUGGAUAUCAGUUAUGAUACCGAAUGGCAGUGUAAUCGUGGAGUUGCCAUUUAUGUUCGAAUGAAUAAUGGCACAUAUAAAUUGUAUUGUCUUUGUUCACCGAGUUACUACGGAGAUAGAUGUCAAUAUCAAAAUCAACGUGUCAGUCUUACAGUUAAAAUACGAGUUAGAUCGGAUUGGAACACUCUAUUCACAUUGCUAAUCACUCUAAUUGAUAAUGAAGGAAAUAUUCAAUCACAUGGUUAUAUUGAAUAUUUACCCAUUCGAAAUUGUGACAUUAAAUUCAAUAUUUAUUUACUCUAUUCAACUCGACCAAAAAAUGUAGCAAAUAAUUAUUCGGUACGAAUUGAUGCAUUUAAUAAAUUGACGUUGAGUUAUCGAGCCAGCUGGAUUUUUCCACUUCGUUUUCCAUUUUUGCCCGUUCAUCGUCUAUCUGUUCUACUCAUAGUUCCCAUGACAUUCUGCCGAUGUAAUCCUGGUUGGUCAGGUACUCAAUGUAGCAUUAAGUAUAAAUGUGAUUGUGCCCCUAAUUCACUGUGUAUUGGUGAUUCCAUUUGUAUAUGUCCUCUCUGUCGAUUUGGUCCUCGAUGUUAUCUCAUUCAAUCAUCAUGUCAAUCUGAAUCAUGUGCAAAUAGUGGUUUAUGGAUACCUAGUGAUGAACGUUACGUAAACACACUUGUGAAUAAAUCAAUAUGUAUUUGUCGUGAAGAAUAUUCAGGAGAUCGCUGUGAAUAUCGACAGACUCAAAUCGAUAUAUCAUUUCAUAAGAAAAUAACUAUUCCACAAUUGUUAUUUAUUCAUUUUAUUACAGUUCAAAACAAUGCCGAACAUAUUCGAAGAAGUAUAAUGAAAAAAAUUGGAUUUGAUCAAAAUUCACUUUCACUUUAUACUUCGAUUAUAUUCAAUAUUGCUUUUGUAGAAUUUUUCAAUGAUUAUUAUUUGAUUAUUCUUCGAGAGGAAGCCAUUUCUUCAUCUAUUAUUUCUACAAAAAUCAUACCAUCUCAACGAUGUGCAUCCAUUCAUGAACUAUUUAAUAAAACAUUUGUUAAUCAACAUUUGUUGAAACGCAUCAAAUAUUAUCAUAUUCCAUGUAAAGAACGAUUAAAUUUAGUUUGUUUCUAUGAUGAAAUUCAUUUCUGUUUAUGUGAUCUGGGUCGACGAACCAAUUGUUUUGAAUUUGAUCAUAAUAUGACUUAUGAUUGUCAUGGUUACAAUUUAUGUGAGAAUGGUGGCCAAUGCUUUCAAAAUGAUCCAAAAUGUCCAACAUUAACAAUCUGUACCUGUCGUGAAUGUUAUUAUGGUUCGAGAUGUCAGUUUUCUACUAAAGGAUCGACUCUCUCAUUAGAUAGUAUAUUAGGCUAUCAAAUUCAUCCUCAUAUUGGAAUCAGUCGACAGUCUUUCAUUAUCAAAAUUUUAAUUGCACUUACUACAAUUAUGCUUGGUUUGGGCUUUAUCAGCAGUCUCUUCUCAGUUUUAACUUUUCAAAGAGAAACAACACGCAAUGUCGGUUGUGGUCUUUAUUUAUUUACAUCUUCGAUCACAUCUGUGAUUACCAUGAGUGUAUUCACAGUCAAGUUCUGGUUUCUUCUUGCAUCACAAAUGGGUUCGAUCAAUAAUCGUUCGUUUACACAUGUACAAUGUGUAUCGAUUGAUUUUCUUCUUCGACUUCUUCUGAGUGCUGGCGAUUGGCUUAGUGCUUGUGUAGCCAUCGAACGAGCAAUGAAUGUUUCGAAAGGAAUUAAUUUUGAUAAAGCAAAGAGCAAACAAAUUGCUAAAUGGAUAAUUUUGAUUGUUUUUCUUUUUACUUCCUGUACCCAUAUUCAUGAUCCGAUGCACCGUCAUUUGAUCGAUGAUGAAGGAGAACAACGCGCAUGGUGUGUAACCAAAUAUUCACCAUCUGUACAAAUGUUUGAUUGGGCUUUGAAUAUUCUUCAUUUUUCUAUUCCAUUCGCAACCAAUUGUAUUUCGGCAGUAGUCAUUAUUAUCACUACAGCUCGUACCCGUUCGAACGUUCAGAAAACACAAUCCUACAAGAAACUUCUACGUGAGCAAUUUCAACAUCAUAAACAUCUAUUAAUUUCACCAUUCAUUCUCGUCCUGUUGGCUCUUCCUCGUUUGAUUAUAUCAUUUUUAUCUGGAUUUGCUCCUCAAUUAACAUAA